UCAUUGACAGCUGUCGUUAGUGACGUUUAUAUAGAAACGAAAACAAAAACAAAUAAAAAUAAAUAAUAAAUUACAAUUUUAACGCUUAGAAAAUUCUUUAUUCAUUCUUCAAAUAUAUUUAACAAUUAUCCUAUUAAAAUGGCAGCAGAAGAAAGUUUUGAAAAUUUUGAAGAGGACGAUGGUGUAGAAACGUCGGCGGCCCUCUCAACAUCUGGUAGAAAAAGACUUUUUAGCAAAGAAUUGAGGUGCAUGAUGUACGGCUUUGGUGACGACCAGAAUCCCUACACUGAAAGUGUGGAUAUUAUCGAGGAUUUGGUUAUUGAAUUCAUCACGGAAAUGACACAAAAAGCAAUGGAAAUUGGACGCACAGGACGAGUUUCAGUAGAAGACAUUGUGUUCUUAGUGAGAAAAGACCCCAGAAAAUAUGCGAGAGUAAAAGAUCUGCUUACAAUGAACGAAGAGCUGAAGAGGGCCAGAAAAGCCUUUGACGAAAUUAAAUUUGCUGGUAAGUCUCUGGAGGAAUCUUCACCAGAAAAAUAGAUCAAUCUAACAAUCUAUUACAGAGACUCUUAUUACUUACUAAUAAUAAUUAUGGGUAGCAAUAAAAGUUCCUCUUUUAGUCAUUAGGUAUUUGCUAUUGUUGAUUUUUGUUAACUUAAGUAUAUCUUUAUUAUUGCA